AUGUGCACUGGGAAGUGUGCCCGCUGCGUGGGCCUCACCCUCAUCCCCCUGUCCCUGCUCUGCAUCCUGGCCAACGCCCUCCUGCUGGUGCCGGGCGGCAAGACCACCUGGACCGACGGCCACCUCAGCCUGCAAGUGUGGCUCAUGGCCGGCUUCAUCGGCGGGGGCCUGAUGGUGCUGUGUCCCGGCAUCGCCGCCGUCCGCGCAGGGGGCAAGGGCUGCUGCGGCGCGGGCUGCUGUGGAAAUCGUUGCAGGAUGCUGCGCUCCGUCUUCUCCUCGGCCUUCGGGACGCUGGGCGCCAUCUACUGCCUCUCGGUGUCGGGAGUCGGGCUCCGAACCGGACCCAAAUGCUUAAUAAACGGCCAGUGGGACUACCACUUCAAGGACGUCCCAGGCUCCUACUUGCGCAACCGCACGCUGUGGGACGCGUGCGAGGAACCGCCCCGCGUGGUGUACUGGAACGUGACGCUCUUCUCGCUGCUGGUGUUCGUGUCGUGCCUGGAGCUGGUGCUGUGCGGGGUGCAGCUGGUGAACGCCAGCCUCGGCGUCUUCUGCGGCGACUGCAGGAAGAAGGAGGGCGCCCCUCGCUGAGGCCCCACCCGCCGCCCUGCUCGCUCCCGGACGCCGCCGGCCCUCCCCGCCCUGGAAUAAACCUCUGAGCUCUC